GUUGUCAAUUGGUGGCUGUCCCGUGAUUUCUAAGAUCUUUUCAUUUGGCAUUCUAUCGCCUAAAUUCACACCGAUGACUGUACGUAGGCAUUUCAUAUAAAAGGUGUUUAUUCUACGUUCAUGUGCAAUUGUGACGUCAUGGUAACUUUAACGACUGUCAAUCUAUUAGAAGAGAAAAUUGUUUAAAAUAAAAAUAACACGUAUCAUAACUUUUAUUUUAAACAAUAUUGAAAUUGUUGAUACUACUUUUUUAGUGAUGCAAAUCGGAUGGGCAAAGAAACAGUCAAAAUUUAUGAAUCACGAAGGCUAUGGAAUUGGUGAUGAUGAAUAUUCUGUUGCUUAUGAUGGAUGCCGAAAUCUUCUAUGGUAUGCAGCUAAAGCAACACCACACAAAAACCCAUCCUGGAAACCAGGUGACAUUGUUGGUUGUCUGAUUGAUUUUGAUCGUCGAGAAAUCAUUUUUUCAUUAAAUGGUCAAUCGGUAGAACCAUUUCGAGAUCUAUUCAAAACAUAUCAUCAUGAUUCUAAAUCAGCGAAUGAUGAUGGAUAUUUUGCGGCCGCAAGUUUUAUGUCAUUUCAACAGUGUAAAUUUAAUUUUGGUUCUGAACCAUUUGUUUAUCCACCAAAAAAUACUAAAUAUAAACGUUUUAAUGAUUUUGCUCAUCUAUUAGAUAACGAUAAAAUUAUUUUACCAAAACAUAAAAAGCUAGAAAUAUUAAGACAAACAAAAAUAUCCGAGGAAGAUUGUAUGUUAUGUGUAGAGGAAAUAGCAAAUAUUAUAUUGAAACCAUGUGAUCAUAGUGGAUUUUGUGAAAAAUGUUCAUUAAAAUUAGAUAUUUGUCCAAUAUGUCGAGCAGAAAUCGAUGAACGAUGUCUAAUUGAAAAUAAGAAAAAUUCAUUUAGCGAAAAGACAUCUAGCACAAAAUUCAAAUCAAAUAAACGCAAUCACAAUUCAAAAAUACGCUAUGAACAUUCAUAA